AUGAAGGUAAGUCUGUACAUCAUUCCUGCUUCAUAUAUGUCAUAAGGUCUGAAAUUUAACCGCACAAAGAUUCAUACAGCAGGACUGAAACCUGCUUUUGGUUUGAAAUUUAGGUAACGGUAUUAAUCAUCGUGCGGCAUAAUCUCACGAUGUUUUAGUUUGGCUAGGAUGACGCCUUUUGAACGGACGUCUUCCCAGUCGCCUGCGAAAGCUCUACUCUAUAAGAAAUGAGUACUUGAAUAGUAUAAUUUCUUCGAGCGAUUUCGACGCCUUGAUAAAUUCAAAUAUGCCUUAGUGAAAACGUGCAUAAAGCCUUAUUUUAAGUACUCAUUUGGUAACACAUUACGUCUACUUUAAAUCUUAUUCUUGAAGAAAAGGUAUUUUUCGACUUAAAAAACUUUUCAAUUCCUGAAUAGUUCCGGAACCGACCGGGUGUUUUACUUAAAUCUACGAUUUUCAACUUACGAGUCGUAUAAUUUUCCUGCAAAGAAAAAGACAUAUACCAAUAUGUUAUCGAGAAGAUGUCACGUAGGUCUCAUAAACUUUGCAAUGGAUAUGGUCCCCUUGAUAUGAUUAAUAAGCAGCAUUAAUAAAUAUACAGAUAGAAUGUUUUAUGAAUGGGCAUUUUGCGAUCUUAAACAAUUUCACAAUUAGAGUCUUCUUAAAACCAUAAGGUGCCCUUUCUGUAAGUAGCAAAUUAAAGAAGACUUGAUUUGCUGCUGAAUAAGUACAUGGAAGUGUUUGUGUUUGUUUUCUACAGUGUGUUUUAACUUUAUGAGGCCAUGGAAAAUCUACGGGGAAAACAUACCCUUCAAAUAGCCAUUUUCACGGAGUGUUUUUGCAGGCCGUUUAAAAGAAGCUCAUUCGAAAACCGGCAUCUCGACAUAACUUAAAUAGCUUCUGCCUUUCGAAUCAAAAUUCAUUUGAGAAUUUUGAUCAGCGCUUCAUGCGCUCACCUAUCUACUGUAACCUUGCUUCAUUAUACCACCAACUGGCAACCCCAAGAGGGUUUCGAUUAGUCAGUCCGAAAAGAGAGAGCUUACUCGGUGGAAAUAUUUUGAUAUAAAAUUAUCUCAUUUCGCAUCCUUUCUGGAAAAGAAUGGAACUUACAUUCAGAACGCCCUACCCGUAUAGCUGCUGGAAACAUUAACAUUAGGAGAUAUCAACUCCGCUUUUUGAGAUAUAGGAUGGCCAUUUGUCUUAACUUUGCAGUAAGUAACAUUAUAAUUUAGGCGUCACAAAAUGCCUAACGAAGCUUCUGGUUAAAAGACGACAGUUAAAAGAAUAAUAAGCGGAUAGUGGAUUCUACGAUCUUCCCAUUUUAAAACUAUCGUGAAAAAAGUUGAAAAAUUUUUACUUCAGUGCCCUCCAUUCAAUUCUUAGCUCCAAAUUUAACUUGUGUUUUUUGUCCUACAAUUUGCGCACUUUUUAUAAAACAUGAUUUCUAUAUUCUUUGGUUGUAGACUUUAGGAUCUUAACAAGAAAAAGCUCCAGCACACUUAUUAGUGGAAUAAAAUACCUUAACUUUAUUUCAUGUAGACAACAAUUCUUCUCCUGCUAUGCCUCACUGCUUCGCUGGGAUGGGCUCAGAGUGCGUUUCUUCAUUUAUUUGCAUUGUUAUUACGUUCUUUUUUAUCAGAUUCUUUUUAUCUGUCUGGCAACCUCUAAUUUGCGAAUUAGGAGGGAGGGAGGAAAAGCGUUUUUGAAGGUUAAAUGUAAGAAAGCACGAACAUGUUCUACAACCAUAAAGUGAUGCUAAAUAUCGGUUUACGUUUACGUUCAGAAAAAAUAAUUAAAAAUUCCUUGUGCACUAUAAGGACAAAAAAAGGCGAGGACAUAUGCUCAUGAAAAGCGGAUAAAGUAUUAGAAAUAUAGUUGUUUUUUCAUCCUGAAUUUUCCGCCAAAGUGCAGUUCUCUAUCAAUGUGAGCAGUAUUUCCAACGCGCUGCGGAGCAUGUUCGGUUGCACAGCGGGAGGUUUAAUCGCUCGAAAGUGUCAUUAAAGGGCGAAACGACAGUCAGUUACACGAAGACCUUUGUUCACUCAAAAUUCCCGAGCCUGCCCACCAGUGCCGUCAUAUCGAUGUCGUCAGCUGUCAAAAGUUGCUCCUUCGUCAAACCAAAUGGGCGCAUUCCUCUCACUGAAAAGUGUGCCCAGCAAAGUGUUAUCCCAAGAAAAGUUUUAUCAGCAGACGGCAAGUCAAGCCCGGCUCGCUGAGAUAGCCGUAUGCAGGUUUUACACUUAGGCGCAUGAAUGGACAAAUUCUUCUAUAGGGGGGCUUGCUUAAUCUGAGGACGAACCUAAAAUAUAAACUGUUGCUUUUUAACUUCCUCAGAAAUUGACUGCUACCUUGGAGCGGAUCAGUUUGAACCAAGGUCUGUAGGAGUUGGCGGUUAAUUUCUGAGGACAUUAACAGCGGCAAUUUUAAAACUGGAGUGUCUACCAGAAGGUCCACGUGGACCCACUGAUGAGCCGAACCCCCAUCGCAGCUGCGCCAUGCAGUCAGCAGAAUAUCAAGGAAACACGUGUCUGGGCUUUUAGCUAGUACCUGUGCUGUUAGUAUGGUAUCCUGCGGCCUAAAGUAUAAAGCUAGUUCUCUAGCAAGCCACCAACAGGGCACACAAAGGACGUGGCUACAAAUAUCCUCCACGUUACAGUCGGUCAUGUUAGGAUUAAUGUUAGGAGCGUUUGGGUUGGCGUUUUGAGGGAAAGCGUUGAGGUUAGGUUCGGCAUCAUGUAUGAGUAAGAGCUCGAAAAUAACAUCCAUGUUGACCUACUGGAUCCCGCGUUUCUACGCACACACUUAUUAUUCGUGUAAGUUUCUCGCAGGUCGGUGCAUCGAGCCCCACGAAAAGGCAGUUUGCUCUCCUCAAAAGUGGUGAAUAUGCAGCUUAUUGUAGUCUGUGCCAUGCAUUUACCUGGCGUAAACUGGCACGAUUUACGUAGACAUAUACGAAACACAAAAUAAUGAUGAAGGCGAAAUGGUGUGAUUAAGGUAGAUGUGCAAGUAUCACUAAAUAAUUUGCUGGUCAAUAUAUAUAUAUAUAUGUAUUACGCCUGUGACGCAGGAGGAUAAAACAGACAAAUUUGCUUCAGGGUGGCAGCGGACAUCGGCACAGCGAUCCAGUCACACAGUCAUCUGGGGCGGUCCGGCCUCUUAUCCGGGAUAUAAGGGUCAGAGUCAAAGCAGCCGAGUGUCGCAGUAUCGUCCACCCAGACCAGCCAAUCCCCCAAGACUGCAGAACCAGCCCAGUUAUGAGCGCAGAUCCUAUGAACCCGCGCCGAGACGAGUGCAGUACGUUCCCCUACGCAGUCGACGCGCCAAGGAUCCCCGCUACCGCGAAGGACUGCAGGAUCUGGCUGGAUUAAUGUGA